AAAAAAAAAAGGAAUUUUUUUUUAAAAGAGAGAGAGAGAAAAAAAAAAAAAAACCAUUUUUAUGAGAGUCCAACUUAAAUCCCAAUGAAAGCUUGAUUUGAUGCCUACCCAAAAACCCAUUAACUCUCUCCUCUCCACAGGCAAAGGGAAAGUAAAAGGAAAGAACCCAAAAAAGAAAGAAAAGGAAAAUUAGCAGAGAGAGUGAUAGCUCAGUGGAGGUGUGGGAGAGAAAGACAGAGAAAGAGGGUCUCUUUCUUUUUGGAGUAUUGGGUCAGGUUCUUUUGGCAAUGCCAAAGUUGGUCACGCUCUCUGAAAAAUGCAGGCAUGAAAUCACUCCUUCAAAUAUCUCCCUCACUCUUUCACUCUCUCCUCUGCAAGCACUUAACUUUUGUUGUUGGAAGAUUCCCAUUCCCUAUCAUUGUGCUUUCUUCUUGCCAUGGCGGGUUUGAUUGAUCUCAACACCACGGAGGACGAUGAAACGCCGUCGUCUGGUUCCUCCUCUGGUACAAGCUUAAGCACAACAUGUGCUGCUUCAGCUUCCUCUGUGUGCUUGGAGUUGUGGCACGCGUGUGCGGGUCCAAUGAUCUCUCUGCCAAAGAAAGGAAGCGUUGUUGUGUACUUCCCUCAGGGACACUUGGAACAUCUUCAGGAUUUUCCGCUCUCUGCUUGUAAUAACAUCCCACCCCAUGUGUUAUGUCGUGUUGUAGAUGUCAAGCUUCAUGCGGAGGAAGGGAGCGAUGAAGUGUAUUGUCAGGUGUUGUUGGUUCCUGAAAGUGAGCAAGUGCAGCAAAAGUUGCGGGAAGGAAAAUUUGAUGCUGAUGGUGAAGAGGAUGAUACUGAAGCUGUGAUGAAGUCAACAACACCCCACAUGUUCUGCAAGACUCUUACUGCAUCUGAUACUAGUACUCAUGGUGGAUUCUCUGUGCCUCGUCGAGCUGCUGAAGAUUGCUUUCCUCCCCUGGAUUACAGUCAACAGAGACCUUCACAAGAGCUUGUGGCAAAGGAUCUGCAUGGCCAAGAAUGGAGGUUUCGACAUAUUUAUAGGGGGCAGCCACGGAGACAUUUGCUUACAACCGGUUGGAGUGCAUUUGUGAACAAGAAGAAGCUUGUAUCUGGAGAUGCUGUUCUGUUUCUUAGGGGUGACGAUGGAGAACUGAGAUUGGGAAUUCGUAGGGCAGCUCAAUUGAAAAAUGGCAGUACUUUUUCAUCUCUUUCUGGCCAGCAAUUGAAUCUUAGCAGUCUUAUGGAUGUGGUUAAUGCUUUGUCUACUAGAUGUGCCUUUAGCAUUCACUAUAAUCCGAGGGUCAGCUCAUCUGAAUUCAUCAUACCUAUCCACAAAUUCUUAAAGAGCCUUGAUUAUUCUUAUUCAGUUGGAAUGAGGUUCAGGAUGCGAUUUGAAACAGAAGAUGCUGCUGAGCGAAGAUACACAGGGUUAAUUGUUGGAAUCACUGAUGUGGAUCCUGUUAGAUGGCCUGGAUCAAAAUGGAGAUGCCUACUGGUGAGGUGGGAUGACUUAGAAGCCACAAGGCAUAAUAGGGUUUCCCCAUGGGAGAUUGAGCGAUUUGGUUCUGCUUCCACUGCCAAUAACUUGAUGGCAACUGGUUUGAAGAGGACCAAGAUUGGAUUGCCUUCAGCAAAGCCAGAAUUAUCAGUUCCCAAUGGGAUUGGGACAUCAGACUUCGGGGAAUCAUCAAGGUUCCAGAAGGUCUUGCAAGGUCAAGAAAUUUUUGGUGCUAAUACUACAUUUGAUGGUAUUAGUGCUCAGAGUCACCAGUUAUCUGAAUUAAGGAGGUGCUAUCCAGGUUCAAACUGUCCUGGAAUUGCUGCAACAGGAAAUAGUAUCAGAAUCCCACAUGCGAGUUCGGAUGUUUCCUGCAAUGGCAUAGGCUUCAGUGAAUCUUACCGAUUCCAGAAGGUCUUGCAAGGUCAAGAAAUACUUCCAAGCCAACCAUAUGGAAGAGCCUUUCCUGCUGAUGAGGCUUGUGGAAAUGGUUGCUUUGGACUUUUUGAUGGUUACCAGGCAUCAAGAUCCAGAAAUGGAUGGACUGCCCAGAUGAAUAACAAUUCUUCACAUUUGCAUCCAACUAUUCCAUAUGGGCAAGUGUCAUCUCCAUCAUCUGUGUUAAUGUUCCAGCAAGCAGUCAAUCUUUCAAACUCAGAUUAUAAUAACAAAAUCAAUCAGGUGAUGGAGGGUAAAGUCCAUCAUAGAGGUUCAUAUGCUUCUGAAUUGAAAGGUGGAACAUUUGCAUCAACCCCCUCUUAUGAGCCUAGUUUCCGUGGGCAAGCUCAUGAUUCAAUUUCAGCUCUCGGAGGCAGUCAAGAGUUGGUUUCCUCAUGUAAAAAUAGCUGCAGAGUCUUUGGUUUUUCAUUAACUGAGGGUUCUCUUAUUGCAAAUAAAGAGGCUGACCCAUCUCCAUCAACUAGUCAAUUAAAUUCUGAACCUUCCUUUACAAGACAUGUUGAAGAUGAUUUCCAUACCGGGCAUUCGCUUAGGAGCAAGGCGGUUGGAAGUUACUUUACCAAAGGUGUACUGCAGUAUUGACUUGAAAAUCAUGAUGUAUGCUAAUUGCUAGCAGUGACGCUGGCAUGAAGUAGCAGAAGAGAAUGUCCAUAGUUGUUGUACUUAUGUACUUUGCUAUAAUAACUUAGGAUUUUGAGGACCAAAAAAAUUGUAUCUAUUAGCCAAAUUUACACAUUAAUCUUAAUUUGGCAGUGAUUACAUUCAAGUUCUUGUAUUAAUCUAUUAUGCACUCUAUCGACCUAUAUGAGGCACC